AUUCAGAAUAUAUAAACCCCUAAGUUGGAAGACUAGAACAACACAACUUUCUUAGCAGUCUUUUAAGAAACACUCAAACUCCUCAAACAAACAAAAAACUAAAGAAAUCAACAUGAAAGCUUUCAUUACUUUAGCUGUUGUUUGCUUCAUUGCCUCAACUUUGGCCAAUCCCCUUGAAUUGAGCGAAGAACAAAAAGCCAAAGCUAAGGUUCACUUCCAAGAGUGUGUUAAGCAAGAAAACGUUUCCGAAGAAGAUGCCACUAGAUUGCGUAACAAGGACUUUACCAAUCCCUCAGACGCCAUGAAAUGUUUCGGUACUUGUUUCUUUGAAAAGGUUGGCACCUUGAAGGACAGCCAAGUUCAGGAAGAUGUUGUUUUGGCUAAAUUGGGUGCUUUGAUUGGUGAAGAGAAGACCAAGGAAGUUUUGCACAAAUGCAAGGAUAUCAAGGGUGCCGAUCGUUGUGAUACCGGUUUCAAAAUCUAUGAAUGUUUCGAAAACUACAAGGCUCAAUUGAGCGCUUAAGUUUUGUGGUAAAAUAAAGUAUUAUUUUUGUGAAAAAUAAAAGUUAAAGAAAAUUAA